UUAGAGCUGAGGAAAAAACUUCAAAAAGAAAAAAAGAAAAGAAAAAUCACCUGUCUGAUGGCAUAAGUAGAGGUCAGUGAAAUGGCGAAAGCCACCGGCUCAACAAUCCGGGGAACGGGGAUGGGGAAGGCUCAAUGGGUUGCUGUUGCGAUGAAGACGACAGCGACAUCCUCAAACAUCUCAUGAAUUCCCACUUCCCCUCUUCCUCCGUCGAAUCCCCACGCCCUUCUUCCCCCUCCUUCUCCUCUUCCACGGUUAUUUCUCCUAUCAAUUCUCAUUUCUCUGCCCUAACCUGCAGGGACACCCUCCGAAUCAUCUUCUUGAACCUUCCCAUUACUGACCUUGCACGCGCCAGUUGCGUUUCCCGAUUCUGGAACACCGUUGCUUCCGAAAGGGAUAUUGUGACGAGGGCCUUUCUUGCUCCUUGGAAUUUGAAGGAUGUAGUUGGCAAUCCACUGUCUGGAAGCUUCUGGAGGGACAAUGGUUUGGGCAAAUUUGCCCUGUCCCAUCGGAUUGGCCGUGAGGAUAGUGUUGCCAGCCUUGCCGUCAAAUACUCGGUUCAGGUUAUGGACAUUAAACGUCUGAACAACAUGAUGAGUGAUCAUGGCAUAUACUCAAGGGAAAGGUUAUUGAUCCCCAUAAGCAAUCCUGAUAUUCUAAUAAACAGAACGUGCUAUAUUGAGCUAGAUGUCUGUGCAAAAAGAGAAGUAGCAGUGUUGUAUCCAGAUGACGUGCCAGACAGAAGAACAAGCUAUUUAUCGAACAGAAUGUCCUCAGAAGGCAAGAAAAGAAUAAUCAAUUCCUUAAGGAGAAGCAUGCAAGUUGAAGAUGACACUGCAAAAUACUACUGGUAUAUUUCAAAUGGUAAUCCUCGAGCAGCUCUUUCUGAAUUUAUGGAGGACCUUCAAUGGGAGAGGCAGGCAGGUCUUUCCUAGUCCUUGGAAAGCAUAAUAAGGAGUUGGGUAUCUGGCAAGAGCUGGCUUUGAUUGCUUUCCUAGUGAAUGGAUGAGCUAGUUCUUGUCAUAGGAUUCUCUUCUUUAUUAACUUUUCAAAGCCAGUAUUUUAAUUUAGUUGCUCUUGAGAUUUUAACCCAAUCUAAAUGGUUCUAUCACUAUGCAGACUUUUCCUGGUUAAUAAAUAGGGGCUCAAGCCUGUGUUAACGCGUGACCUGAACGCGUGUAAGUUGAAGUUUUUUCUUCCCCAGAAGGAUAUUGUUUGACUAAAUUUUCUCCAAAAGUGCCCUCAUUUUCCAUUCAUGGAAUUUGCCAAAAUGGUGGUGUUUUUGAGAAGCAUAUCCACAUGGCAAGGUUCACGUCGUGAGGGUGUUAGUCAUGGGGGCUCCUGUAUAUAAAUAGGACAAGGUUUGCUGUGAUAGAAGAAUCGUUUUUAACUGGGUGAAAAUUUUAAGAGAACUAAAUUGAGAGGCUUGUGUUGAUGGAAAGUAAGAUAGGUCGAGGAUUAACUCUACAUUUUCCACCUAUCAAAGUGAGCUUGAAUUUUGAAUCAACUGCAAUGUGUUAUUCUCCAUUGAAGAUGAUGCGAGUAAAGACACUUGCGGACUAUGGGUGUGUAUCAACCAGAAUGGUGUGAUGAUCGGAGUUUGUGUAAUGUGUAAUAGUAUUUAACGUGCUAGGCAAUGCAAGUUCUGUAUGAUCAUGAGCAUGACUUCACAAAUACGAUGAAGCAUUCGCACAGUUGUUCAUACUUCUGUAGAUAGUAAUAGGAGGGCCUGGACUUUGUUUGAUUAUGUUAUCAAUUCCUGAUCAAUCCAUGUCAGAAAAGAAUAUGGGAUGCACGAAUUGGCGCCUUCUGCAACAGGAUGCACUGUAUCGACAAGUUCUCUCGGUAUUGCUCUUUGGGAUUUAGGGUUUGAUAGAUGAUGUAGACAUGUUCAUUCGUACGGAUGCAGAUUGGCUUUACCCUCAGAAGUGCUUCUAAGAACUUCGAAAAGUAAAACACUAAUAUUCUAUUCUUA